CAUUAUGUCUAAUUAAAAUUUCAACGUACGAUAUGUUUUAAAAUAAAUAAAUAUGUCAAUUUUCAAACGAUUUAACGAUUAAAACUAUUCAUAAUAAAAAUAAAUGAUCAAAUUUUACCGUUCACAUUACACAAGAAAAUAAAUCUUUUUGGGAUAAUAUGACUAUACGAGGUCAAGUCCAAUACGACAAGCAUUGGUUAUAAGAGUAAAUGAUAUAAAUUUCUUGUUUUUUGUUAAUUUAAAAUUUAUUUAUUCCCUACAAAAACCAAAUACAACACAGGAUAUAAAGUAAAACAGGUAGCAGUGGAGAAAAAUAUUAGAAUUCGUAAAAAAUAAUGUCAGUUCGUAUUUUGUGCUCCGCCGGUACAACUGAAGUAUAUACGAACUCCGGCAGCAUAAAAAUAAUUACCCAAGAAUCGAAUAAUUAAUUUAAGACCUACAAGUUACAAAUACCAGACCUGGACUUGAGUUUCUUAAGCUAAAGAAUUAUACACAAAAAAAAAAAAGUAAAAAUGCAGAGCAUAAAUCAUCUCUUUGCUCUUCCUCCCUCAACUACAAAGUACUUAAACGUUCUUUCCAUAGGCCUAAGAAGAAACUCACUCUCUGUGCCAAUCUUAUCUCCAGCUCAUGCUCCCGAAAAUCGGAUGAUCGAACGUAGAAGCCUAAUAACAGAAGCUGCAGGAGCAGAUGUCCUGGAUAAUGAUGAGUUGUUGCUAGAUGAAAAAUUUGUUUUGGAAGCUGGUCUGCAGAUCCAAGCAAUGCCUAAACACUUAGCCGUGAUCGCGGAUGGCCAUAGGCGAUGGGCGCGGCAGAAAGGGCUGCCAGCCAAGUUCGGGCACACGACGUUUGUGCCCGGGCAUAAAGAGCUUGCUCGCCUUUGUUGCAAAUGCGGAAUCAAGGCUCUCACUGCUUUCGUUUUCUCUCCUGGAAACUGGAAGCGCCCAAAAGAGCAGGUUGAGUUUAUGAUGAGCUUGUUCGAAGAGGGUCUAAGAUCAAAUUUAGAACCAUCAAUGAGGCAUGACAUAAGGAUAUCAGUAAUCGGUGAUAGGAGAGGACUGUCCAAGUCAUUUCAAGAAGUGAUCACUGAAGCAGAGGAAAAAACAAGAGCCAAUACUAGACUGCAUAUCAUUCUUGCCAUUAACUACGGCGGACAAUCUGAAAUAGUAGAAGCCUGCAGAACCUUAUGUAAAAAGGUAAAAGACGGUUUGAUUGAAGAGGAAGAAAUUAACCAGAAAAUGUUUGAACAAGAACUAUGGACAAAUAUAUGCCCCGAGUUUCCUUUCCCGGAUAUGCUGAUAAGAUUUUCUGGGGAGCAACGGUUAAGCGACUUUUUAGCUUAUCAAUUAGCUUAUGCUGAACUGUACUUUCCAGAAACUCUUUUUCCUGAUUUCGGAGAAGAGGAAUUCCUGAAGGCCAUGAAACAUUUUCAGCAACGAAAGAGGCGUUAUGGUGGCGGCGAAUAAAUAUUUGGUCCAGUUGUACGAACAAUGCACUUUGUUUUAUGUCUGUUCCAAGGCUUACAUACUUGUACUAGCUCGUAUUUUAUUUGAUCACAGGUUAUUAUUACCGGGAGCCUGUUGGCUGAACUUAUGACUUAACGUGACUUAUACGAAAGCUAGGAGUUUGCGC